AUGUCUUCGUUGACUGGUUUCCCCAUUCAAAAUUUGUUGGCUGUGGCCGCCUCCACUUCUAUAAAGAGGCUCUCCGUUUCUCCUCCCCGACUCAAAUAUCUUUUCGUUAAUCGAUCCACCUCCGCCGGAAGAAAAUCUUUUGCUCUCCGUGUGUCGGGAUCCUAUUCAUCUGUUGCUUCCCCCUCCACCAACAUGGGUGACGCCGCCGCUGAUUCCGGUAUGGAUGCUGUCCAAAGGCGCCUUAUGUUCGAAGACGAGUGUAUUUUGGUUGAUGAGAAUGAUAAUGUAGUAGGUCAUGACACGAAAUACAAUUGUCACCUGAUGGAGAAGAUUGAGUCUGAAAAUUUGUUGCACAGAGCUUUCAGUGUGUUUCUCUUUAACACAAAAUAUGAGCUGUUGCUUCAGCAAAGGUCUGCAACAAAGGUCACCUUUCCUUUGGUCUGGACAAACACCUGCUGCAGCCAUCCCCUUUACCGAGAGUCUGAGCUUAUCCCUGAGAAUGCACUUGGUGUGAGGAAUGCUGCCCAAAGGAAGCUCUUGGAUGAACUCGGUAUUCCUGCUGAAGACGUCCCCGUUGAUCAGUUCACACCAUUGGGCCGCAUCCUGUACAAAGCGCCGUCUGAUGGAAAGUGGGGAGAGCAUGAACUUGAUUACCUGCUCUUCAUUGUUCGGGAUGUUAAUGUCAACCCAAAUCCCGAUGAGGUAGCUGAUAUCAAGUACGUGAAUAAAGAAGAGUUGAAAGAGCUGUUGAGAAAAGCAGAUGCUGGUGAGGGUGGUAUUAAGCUGUCCCCAUGGUUCCGUCUAGUUGUUGACAACUUCCUGUUCAAGUGGUGGGAUCAUGUGGAGAAGGGGACUCUGAGCGAAGCAGCCGAUAUGAAAACCAUUCACAAGUUGACUUAG